AUGAGAAGGAGAAUAAGGAUGCUUUUUAGAAGUGGUUAUUUCUAGGUAUAAAAAGAAAUAUGCAUCUAAAAGGAUUUCAUUAAAUUUAUUUCCAGAAAGCUUUUCUAGUCACUCAAAAAUUUGCAAAGUGCUCGACAAUGGAAUCUGUAUUAAUUCUGCAUAUUUGAUCCCUUUAUAAAUACAUUCGCAAUAAUUAAUUGUUAUUUGAGGCAAUUCUAUUUUACUGUCUUCGUCAAAUUAGCUUUGGAUUAACUACUUAAAAUAAUAGAGAUCUAAAAUUAUUACCUUAAUGGGCAAAUACUCUAUGUUGAAGUUCAGGGUCAAAGGCUCCUGAAACCAUUUAAGGAAUAUCGCUAUAACCACAUUCUGGAUUAUUGGAAUUUAGGUGUGUUGUUAUAUCAUUUGUAAAAUCUAGAACUUCCUUUUAAGGUCAAGACACCCUAUUAGAUGUAUUAGGCCAUUCUGAAUAGUAAAGUUGAGUUCCUCUAAUGCAUUAAAAUUGAUAUUUUAAUCAUUCUUAGGCCUGAGAAAUCAUUAAUUAAAUAAUUAUUGAAUAUAAAUAAAUCUAUAGAAAGUAAUCAAAAUAAAGGUGAGAACUUUUUAAUACAUACUAGAAGAAUGGGAGAUGGGUUCUCCAUUGUACUUAAAUAAUUUAUAUAUUUAAAACUAUUAGGCUCCAUAUUAUACUUGAAUGAAUUUAAAUCAAAAUUUGAAAAAAAAUACACAAAAAUAGCUAUUUGA